AUGUCUAAAGCGCCUGCCUCUUCUCCCAAACAGCAAACUCUCGACCUCUCCACUCUCUCCAUCCAAAACCUCUCCGCCGUCAAGAAGCAGCUAGAUGAAGAACUCGAACACCUCACUGCCUCUUUCCAAAAACUACGGGCGGCCCAGGCGAAGUUCAAGGAAUGCGUGAAGGCCAUACAGAACGGGGUUAAUCCGGGGGUCGAAGGUAAAACAAUCCUGAUACCUCUCACACAGUCCCUAUAUGUCCCCGGGACGUUGGAGGACCCGGGCAACGUCCUGGUAGAUGUUGGAACUGGCUACUACGUCGAAAAAACAACAGAGAAGGCGAUAGCUUUCUACAACGACAAGAUCAAAACGGUUGGAAAUAACCUGGACGAUCUGGAAAAGAUUAUAACUCAGAAGACACAGAAUGUCAAAGUCGUUGAGGAUGUAUUACGACAGAAGGUUCUACAGGCAAAUGCCGCUACCUCGACUUCAUAA